CACUUGCGUGGGCUCUUGGGCUCUGGCGCAUGGCGUCUAUUCCUGUGCGCGUUCUUAAGCUUUAGCCAUACCAGCCAGCCAGUCAUUCGUCUAUGUCUUGAUUUCUUUUAAUUCUGGAGGCAGACCGUUCCAAGUGUUACCACCGGUAUUCAUUCAAUUGAGCUCGCUUUGGAUCUCGCUGCGCUGUGGGCUCCAGUGCACGGCAUCUAUUCUCGUCUCAUCAAACAUCCAGCUGAACUGGGCUACCAUCAUACUGUCAAGUGUAGUAUUGGGCUCCUCUGAUUGUCGCUGACAAUCUCACGCCACUGGGCCGGGCCGCCACUGCUCCAAAGUCUUUAAAAUCCCACUUAUGGUCUUGGCCAUCAUUCUCUAUCGUCUCCAUGCCGCGUAAUAAUAACCCAAAUGGAAAAAAUCAGUAUGGCCCCGUCUCCCGAGCCUCAGAUGCGCGCCUUGCUGAAGCACUAGGGAGGUACCAUAGGGAGCUCAUCACAAACCCCACGACUAUCAAGGAGCUGCUGGGGGCUGAACCUGAACCUAUUCAUAUGAGUACCCGAACAAUCCGGCGUCGAAUGAAGGAAUUAGGCCUUUCAGCUUCCCGUACUACGGCAAAGGAAAUACACCCUAUCCGUGAGACGCAACUUGUGCUGGACCAGAUGGACAAGGACCCAAACAUGCGGAGAGGGGUUAGAUCAACGCGUGCAAAGAUUGCAAUGGAAACAGGAGUCCAUCUGAGAGGAGAGCGCGUAAGGGAAAUCAUGCAACAGUAUGAGCCUGAAGGAUUUGAAAAGCGAGAACCCCGUGGUAAGAAGAUCAAACGACACCCUAUUAUCAGUGUUGGUCCUGGUGCGGAAUGGAGUGGCGAUGGCCAUGACAAGCUGAAGAAAAUAGGCUUCUCAAUAUACGGGAUACGCGAUGUCGCAACAGGGAAAUGGUUGAAGCUUAAGUUAUUGCCUGAUAACCGCUUGAAAGAGGCGAUUGCAUAUGUCUAUCUUGAGUUGAUUGAAGAGAUCGGUGGAAUGCCAGUUCAAUCAACGACAGACCAUGGAUCGGAGACAACGCUUAUGUGUGCAUAUGCUCACGCUUUACGGGAGUUUUUCUAUCCUGAACUGGAUGGAAAUGAGAUUCCAGUUCAUCGCUUUACAUCUAGUACCCGGAAUAUUGUGAUCGAACGGGGAUGGCUUCGGCUGCGUGAGGAAUUUGGUGAUAAUAUGGUCUUAGUGUUUAGACAAGGGGAAGAGGAAGGGAUAUACAAUCCGGAAAACCUGGAGCACUAUAAUUUGUGCCGGUGGCUCUGGUCAUCUUUCUUGGCUUGGGGACUGGAGAAAUGGCGUUUAGAGCAAAAUGCCUUUAGGGUUCGCAAACUCAAGAACAAGCCUGGCCCUUCAGGUGUCUCUGCAAAUAUCGCAUAUGCACUUCCGGGGACUUUUGGCAUGAAAGAUGUGCUUUUGCGAGAUAUUGACGUUGAAAUUGUCCGUCGGAAAAAGGAACAGCUUUCCCAGGAUUCUCUUCAUUUUGUGCCUCCAGAAUACGCAGAAAGGGCCAAGGAAGUUUAUAACUCCUUGAAUGUCCGAGAGCUCUCAAUUCACAAUGUGUGGGAUAUCUUUCGCAAGAUGUUGUCUAUGAUGUAGAACUACUCUUCUCUUCUCAUCCAAGCAUUGCAACCCCAAGACUCAUAAAUAUGGAACAGGAUGAAUAUGACAUAAGUAGUUUGCGUAUCUACUAAUCCUCAUCCUCUUCAUUGGUAUCCCCAAAUUUUGCGCUAGAGUCUAGCCCAUUCUUUCCACUGCCAUCGUCGCUUUCCGAGUCAGCAU